UGAAUGAUUUACAUUAGUCGAAACUGAACCCCGACUUUUCCAUACGGUAAAAUCAAUGUGCGUGAACUUUCGAUCAGUAUUGGGUUCUAUGUGUAUUCCCGUCGUGUUUACUGUAACAAAGGAGUAGAUCAAAAAAAUAGUAAUACAAUACUAUUAUGAUUGACUUGUCAAAACAAAAAUGUUUUCAAUUUGAUACUAACUUAACGACACAAAAGAAAUUAAAACAAUAGGAUAUGAAUUAAACAUGGCUCCAAGGAAUAAUAAUAAAUAUUAGCAAUUCUGUUUUACAUUUUGGAUUAUGCUACUAUAAAAAAUAAAAUGAUAAAAUAAACAAAUUGGAAUACACCAGCUUUUAGACAGUAAUGGUUUGGAUUUUCGUUAUAUGUGUAAUCUUUACGAGGAUAGCUGUAAUUGAGCCAGCAUGUUCUAAUACAUUACCGUUUCCUGCAUCAUCAACUUGGAGAACAAGUAGCCGAGGAACAUGGACAAUUUCUGCAGAUCAGUUACAAAUAAACAAUUUUGAAGUUACAACAAGUAGUACGGCUGGACCUUUCAAAACCACAAUGAAUUGUGAAGAUGAUACUACAGAUACUGAUGGAUACACUUUACUUAAAUCUUCAGCGACAUACACUCUGUUUGGCGGAGCUAAAUAUAUCUAUUUAUGCGUGAAAUUUGAACAGAAAGAUGCAUCGUCAACGGACUCGUACUUGUAUUACUUUGGAUCAGGACUGACAUUCGAUGUACAAGGUUCUACGCAACUUUCUGUUGGUGUAUAUGAAAGGAUUAUUCUGUUGCCAACAGCAUCUACAUUUACUUUUGCUACCCUUUGUGCAGAUAAAUCAACAGCGGCCGAAAGGACACAUGUUGCGAUAAAAGAUGGAACUGAAGACAAUGCGGCGAUUACAUGUCCGACGUCAAUACAUGGGACAUUUUCGUACAGUGAUACAACUUGCACAAGUACUUUUCUAGACGUGUGUUCCACCCUUACACAGUUUUACUUCAAUUAUACUGUUUGUGCUGAUGAACAAAUAUUUUCUGCUGGAGGUCAGUUACUAUGUGUGUAUAGUAGUACCAGUAGCAAUAACAACUACCUCACUCUAUACAACAAAGAUGCAUCGCCUGAUGGUACAACUAAUUAUCAGUAUGCCUGUUUAGUAUAUUCAACUUCUGGUACCAUUGUAUCAGCAUCUAUAAAUCCAAAGGAGUGUUUUGAUAGUACACUUCAAACUCCAACAUCAACAGCACACCCGGAUGGUGUUACAAGAACUUUCACAAAUUAUGGAGAUUCUGUAUGUUCAUCUUUGGUAUUCAUAAAACAUCAUCUUCUCAUGAUAUAUGUUAUUGAUCAGUAUUAUGUAUUACAUUCAGAUCCAUCGUCGACGACAUCCACCAAUUUAUUAUGGCUGUAUAUAUUAAUAGCAAUUAUUAUUAUUCUAAUAAUAAUUGCUAUAAUAAUAUUGAUUUGCUAUCUGAAACGUAAGAAGAAACGAAAAGAACAAAAAAAAGCAGAUGAAGAAUCGUUGCAUCCAUCUGAAUCAGAAGAAGAAGAAAAGAGACAUGAUGAAGAACAGAAACGAGAAGAACAAAAACGUGAAUCGAGCCCCAUUCCAGUGAAGGAUGAGGACAGGACUUCUAUAGACUCUGGAAUUCAACAGGAUAAGAAAGAUGAAGAGAAAACCAAGAAAGUGGUAAUAGAGGACAUAAAAGAUGAUAAGGAAGAGGAGCAACAAAAAUCUGACGAGAAUAGUAAUGAAAUGUCCCAACAAAACGAAAAUUUAACCGACGAAGCUAUUAAUGAUAAAGAAAAUCAAAACAAUUCAAUUAUAAAUCAUAACACAGAUGAUAAGGAAAAAAUAAAUAACGAAGCUAUUUCACAAUCUGAAAAUGAAUAUAUUAAUAAUGAAAAUGUAGAAAACUCUGUAGGGAAAAAUGAUAAUGACAUGGGAGAAGAUCAACAAAUUGACCAAAAAAUAAUAAACAAUGACCAAAAUGAACAAAUGGAACAAAGUAAGGAAAUUGAAAACGAUAAUGAAACUGAAAUAAAAAUUACCCCAAAAGAUAAUACAAUUGAUGAAAGUAUAAUUUCUUCACAAAAUAAUAAUAAUGAUUUAAAUGAUAAGGAGGAUGAUACAAAAGAUAAUAAUGAACAAAAAGAUGAGGUACAUGAGGACCAAAAUCCCCAAAAUGAUACUAAAAAUGAAACUGAGGAUGAAAAUCCUGAUCAAAAAGUAGUCGAAAAGCAAAAUCGGAGUGUCAGAAUUUACGAAAGAGUUGAUUUGGAUGACAACUUGGACCAGCGUAAAACAGAUGAUGUCACAGGCGUAAAGAACACUGAACAGAACACUCAAACAAUUAAAGUCAAAGCACGAGAAGAGGAGGUAAUUACCAUUGCAUUUGCUGAAACGUUAUUUAUGAAAAUAUCUGCCGAGAUUAUAUGUCGAAAUUAUCAAAAGAAAGACGUUGAAGAUGAGGCUGAAAGCUCUGGGUCAGAAGAAACUCCACCGUCGAGUCGUGUUACUACUCCAGAUCCAGAGGAAAUCGAAAGAAAUAUUCGUAAAAUAGGGAUGAAAAAGUCAACAGACUUCAAGCCACAAGGCGAGUUAAGCAAGGUUCUCGUAUCGCGGAAAAUGGAAGAACAAAAACGAAAGGACAAAGACCACGGCAAAUGGACAAAGAUGAAAAAUAUGUUUCGUGUUAAGAGCAAAAAAAUUAAAGUAGCUAACCAGCAAAAUAAUGACAAAAAAGAAGACGGGCGAAGGUCACCAUAUGACUCUGACGACGAAAGGCUUCAUCGAGAAAAGACUAUUGCUCCAUUCAUGAAGGAAUAUCAAUAUAAAAAACAGAUGGAUCACGUAUUGGAUGAACAACAUGUGAGGGAAGGGGAAUCUGAUUAUAGAGAGAGAAUUAAAUAUUCAGAUGAUGAGGACUUUGCUGACAUUUUCGAUGAUGAUAAGAAACUUAAAGAACAGGAAAAAAUCGAACAAACUCGAAUAGAGCAACUAAAUGAAAAGAACAAACAUGAAGGAAAGAAACCUUUACAGUCUUCCAAGAACGCAGGAGAGAAAGGGCAUACAAAAGGGUCAGAUAAAAUGGGAAAGAAACAAAUGAAUGGCAAAGAAAUUGAUGAACUAGAAAGAGCAAAACGUAAACAAAUAAAUGAGGACCAAGGAAAGGAUAGUGGUGUCGAUAGUCCGGACUUUAGAAAAGAAAAUACGGCAACAAGUUUUAUUGAAAACAACGAAGAAAUGGAGGCUGUUGAAAUGACAGAACCUCCGCCAGGUUAUAUCAGAGACAGCACAGGUCAAAUCAUUCGUCUGUAUGAUGGAAAGGUCAUGACACAAGAAGAAAUGCAAUCUAUAUUUCCAACAGCUAGACUUGGUGUGUUAUUCCAUGUGCCACGAUUAAAGCGAACAUCGCAUGGACGUCCUACAGGCGAAUAUAUAGAAGAUUCUUUCGGUCCAAAAUUGGAAAAUGAUAAGGAAAGCAUUCGCAACGUCGAAUUAAAAGAAGAACAUUCUAAACCAAAGCAUCCUAGAUCUUCAAAAGGGUCCGCACGGAGAGAUCUUAAAGAAAAAACAGUCGCUUUCGAAAUGGAUGAUAGACAAUCAAUGAAUUCUGAUAUACUAAUGGUUGAAGAUGAGGAUGAAUGGAAGAAACGCCGAGACAGCUCUACGACAAACAGAGAACUUCUCCGUAAAAGACUUUUCAAAAACAAAAGGAAGACACGUUCACAUGGAGGGGCUGAUAACAGAAUGUUUAUGUCCGAUGAUGGCCGACCUAGAGAACUAAGUGAGCUUGUUCGUGUUAUUCCACAAAAUAAUGCCAAUAAGUAUUUAUUAAAUGGUCGUGCACCUAUUCCUGGGGCUGUUGUUUCUAGAAAUGAUAGCAUGAAAAACAAAUUUGAUCAUGAACAGCAGCAGAUGUACAGAGAAGGUCUUGCCACUGAUAAAAAAAUUCUCGAACGUUCGCCGUCACUCAAACGACCUCCGGGAGUCCCACGGCAAGCUUUUACAGAACAAGAUCCAGAUGAUAUUCGAGUUUCAAUUGAUAAUGAAGAAAAUGAGAAUCGUUUACAAAGACAGGAAAAUGGCAUUAAUAUUGGAAGUGAUGACGAAUUCUUUCUAGUCGGUGAAAAUAGAGAACAGCAACCAGAGCGGUUUUUUACUCAUGCACGACGACCUGGACAAACAACUGUUCGACCCCUUCCUGGGAGUCAUGACAUGUUUUGUCCUAAACAUGACAUGCGUCAUGCGUUGCCAUGGUCUUUAAUAAAUCAGUACCAAAUAAGAGAAUCUUCCCUGUUGGACAUUAAUAGUGUAUCCAAGCAACACACAACAUCAAAAUCAGCUAACAAUGUCAAACGAGAUAUGGACGAUAGACGAUUAAGAGAACUUUUAGAAGAGUUGUACAAAGACAAAAAGUAUUUCGAUCACGUGAUAGAUACAACUGAGCCAAACACAGAACCAAUAAUAGAUGAACGAGAUUUAGCAGAACAUGGACGAGGAUUUUUGCUAGAUCGAGCAGAAUACUGGGAUGGAAGAGGCGUUCAUAUACCUCGCCCGCCUACAACUGCCUUAGGACUACGUUUAUCUAGAAUGAACACUAAUUUGCCUGACUCUGGUCGUGUAUCUAAUAUAUCAUACGCGUCCACAGUAACCCCGCCACCUCACCCUGAACAACGACAAGAUGAACCAAAACAGCCCACACAAGCUUUCGUUAAACGUGAACAUACUGUGUGCUGAUAAAUCAUGUGCACUUCUUAUUGUUGAUGUGUACAUUAAUACAAUAGGUUUUAAUCAAAAUUAUGUCUCGUAUACGCGAACAUUAUUUUAAUCACAAUAUUGUGUAUAUGCAAGAAUUUUGUUUCUUCAGUUUUUAAAACAAUACUUUACAGGUUAAAACAGAAUUGAUACAUAUAAAAAAAAAGUAUUAUGAACAAUUAAUUACUAUAGACUAAAAAGUAUUAUCAAGCUUCCUGUGAUAUUUUUUCGUAUCAAUCAUUGUUAUUUAUUGAUAUUAAAUGUAUUUGUUAUAAAA